AUGACUACCGACUACAGCAAGAAGACCAACGCCGAGCUCGUCGAGAUCCUCAAGACUCGCUCCUUGCCCCACACCGGCAAGAAGGCCGAGCUGGUUGCUCGCAUUCAGGAGAGUGACGAGAAGGCUGCUACUGGAGACUCCGCCGCAGCUCCUGCCGAGGACGUCAUCGACUGGGACGACGACAUGCCCGCUGAGGUGCCUGCCGAGUCAAUCGAGAUCCCACAGGCAUCCACUGAGGCUGGUGCCAAUGCCAUUGCCGCUGGCGGCGAGGGCGCUGUUGCCAACCCCGUUGCCGUCCCAAACCAGACAUUAGACACCGAUCCUGCGACCACGAAUGACUUGACUGUGGAAGCUGCUGGCCAGCCGGCGCCCGCAGCUGAGCCAGAGGCUGAGAAGAAGCCUGCUGUCGAUUACACCCGAGGAUUGCCUGCUACUGAGCUGGAGGAGGAACUGCGCAAGCGCAAGGCCCGUGCUGAGAAGUUCGGCAUUGUCGAGGAUUCUGAGACUGCUCUGAAGGAGGCUGAGAAGACUCUCGCUCGGGCUAAGCGUUUCGGUACUGGCACUGCUGAUGCCGAUACUGAUACUAUCAAGGGUCUUGAUCAGGCACUUCCUGAUGAGAAGACUCGCAAGCGCGGGCGCAAUGACCAGGGUGGACGGGGUGGUAAGCGUCGCGACCAGGGCCAGGGCCAGGGCCGCAACCGCAACCGACGUGGAAAUGGCAACCAAAACCAGAAUCAGAAUCAGAAUCAGAACAAGAGCCAGAACCAGAACCGUGGAGGCAACAACAAUGCUUCCCGGGUCUCGAGUGGACAGAAUGCCGGCCGACAGAACGGGGGCGUACAGAAGAGCUGGAGUUCAAAGGAUACUGCGGCCAUGGAGGCUCGCAAGAAGCGAUUCGCUGCCGCUGCUUAA